AUGCAUAAGGUGUCUUAUGUUGUUGCUUUAAUCCUCUUCACCAUGCACCGCGAAAACUGUGUUAAAAGGCGGCAGAAGUCGGAACAUUGAUGGAUAAAUGAAGGAUAUGAAAAACAGUAAUUCACAGAAAAUAUCACGUAAAUAGUUGCAUUUUGCAACUAUUCCAAAAGUGGUCACUUACAAUUUGUUGACUGCUUUCCCAUGAGGAGUACUUCACCCUGAACAUCCGUCCACCACCUUAAUCCACAGAGCAUUGAACCAGCCCCCCCUUUACUCUCAUGUUAGCAUGUUUAGCAUGUCGGGGUACUUAGCAUGUCACGCCCCCACGCCUCUAUGACCCAGGUGUGGGGGCGUGUCUGGAUUAUGACCCAGGUGUGGGGGCGUGUCUGGAUGAUGAGCCAGGUGUGGGGGCGUGUCUGGAUUAGGACCCAGGUGUGGGGGCGUGUCUGGAUUAUGACCCAGGUGUGGGGGCGUGUCUGGAUUACGACCCAGGUGUGGGGGGCAUCUGGAUGGACAGAGCAGCGUGUGGAUUAGCACCCUGUCCCAGGAUUACCGCUGAGCCUGCCGGCUGAUUUGGCGACGGGGAACCAGAUUAAACUCUGAUGAAGUCGCCCUCCCGAAGAUCCGUCGGUGCGGGGGUAUGGAUGGUUACCGUGGUAACCACCAUGGUGAAGAUGAUGAUGUCAUAGUUGUAGCGAUGGCGAUGAUGAAGACGAUUGGUGAGAGUGUGAGGUUCUCACCAAUGUGAGGGUGAUGAAGUUGAGGGUCAUACUCACGCUCUCCAUUUAGGUCCUCACAUGUCUCUGUCUACCUUUCCCCCUCCUAAAUCCUCAGUCCCCCUCUGGCCUCUCUGAGGUCCUCAGUCCCCCUCUGGUCUCUCUGAGGUCCUCAGUCUCCCUCUGGCCUCUCUGAGGUCCUCAGUCCCCCUCUGGCCUCUCUGAGGUCCUCAGUCCCCCUCUGGCCUCUCUGAGGUCCUCAGUCCCCCUAUGAUCUCUCUGAGGUCCCCAGUCUCCAUCUGGUCUCUCUUAGGUCCUCAGUCUCCCUCUGGUCUCUCUGAGGUCCUCAGUCCCCCGCUGGUCUCUCUGAGGUCCUCAGUCUCCCUCUGGCCUCUCUGAGGUCCUCAGUCCCCCUCUGGUCUCUCUGAAGUCCUCAGUCUCCCUCUGGUCUCUCUGAGGUCCUCAGUCUCCCUCUGGCCUCUCUGAGGUCCUCAGUCCCCCUCUGGCCUCUCUGAGGUCCUCAGUCUCUCUCUGAGGUCCUCAUUCUCCCUCUGGCCUCUCUGAGGUCCUCAGUCACUGUGUGUGUCAACACUCCCACAGAUUACAGACGUCCACCUAACCCUACAGGGAUUACUGCCCAUGAUUAAAAAACGCUGUCGAAGACAGAGAUUAUUAGAGGUAUUGGUGUCCUGGGGGAGAGGGGAGGCUAAUGCUACGUUCACAGAAGGAGGAGGAGGGGGAGUUCAUGAGGUCUGCAGGCUAACCCCGCGACCCUGGGCCAUGAAUUAGCGAGGGAAAUCCUUGCUAAGGCGUGGCCGUUGAUCUGUGAUCAGGAGGGAAACCGCUGGACUUCCCCUUUUAAUGACUGCAUAAUCGCCACAGCAACGCCAAGGCAUCAUCGCACUGAGGAGGAGCGAGCGCACGGACAGCUUCUGAGGCUUCUACCGACAACCCACUGGGCGAGGAAGUCUGCGUCGUAUGGACAGGGAACCGUGCUUGAACCGCGCUGGAACCCUGCUCUACCAGAAGCCUGCUCUAGAACCCUGCUCUAGAACCCUGCUCUACCAGACUAGACCUUGAGCUGCGUUCCUUCUCUUCUUGUUUUCUCUGAACUCCAAAGAGACUUGAAGGUUAAUGAUGACGGGACAGAGAGCGAUAUUUGAUGGAUCUGAUUGGCUGAAGCUGUAGCCUGCUAGGCUGUCCAAGGAUACACCCUAAGACCUUUACCCAUCACUAUCAUUCCUCUCCCUCUCUCCCCCUCUUUCUGUCUCUUCCCCUCACUGUCUCUCUCUCUCCUUCCCUCUCUCUGUCUUGAUCUCCAUCUCUGUGUCUCUCUCUCUCUCCCACCCAGCCGUCACAAUGCUUGAGAACAUGUCCCGGCGUGGGCGGUCCCUGGUGUCUCUGUCUCUCACCUCAUUGGCCCUCACGCUGUCCGUCAUGGCCUUCUGCACCUCCUAUUGGUGCGAGGGGACGCACAAGGUGGUCAAGCCCCUCUGCCUGUCCCCCGUCAAGAUGAAGAACUGUGGACAGAACAUCAGCCAGCCCUACACCACAGAGACCCCCACCCCGGACCCCCAGGGCCCCCUCCCCAACGGGACACUGUCGCCACGGCAGCGGGAGGAGGCAGCGCGUCUGCGUCAGAAGGCCCUGGCCAACGCCGUCCACUACCUCUGGGAGACGGGCGAGGACAAGUACAUGCUGCGCUACUUCCACACGGGCUUCUGGCACUCCUGUGAGAAGCACAAUGAAGGGCAUGACCAGGAAGAGAAAUGUCGGAGUUUCAUCGAGCUGACUCCGGGGGAGACGCAGGGUGUGCUGUGGCUGUCGGUCAUCAGUGAGUUCACGUACAUCGGCCUGCUGGCCACCGGCUUCCUGCUCAUGUGUGUGGAGAGCAUCUGUCUCUGCGCCCGCAGGGAGAUGAACGCCCUCAAGAUCAACGCCUACGCUGCCAUGUGCACCGUGCUCUCAGGUCUGAUGGGGAUGAUGGCCCACAUGAUGUACACCACAGUGUUCCAGAUGACGGUGAGCAUCGGACCCAAGGACUGGAGGCCCCAGACCUGGGACUACAGCUGGUCCUUCGCCAUGGCCUGGCUGUCCUUCAGCUGCUGCAUGGCGGCGGCCGUGGCCACGCUGAACUCCUACACCAAGACGCUGAUCGAGAUGAAGCACCGCGCCCGCGUGCGUCUGGAGGACGCCCACCACGCGGCCCUGGCCCCCCCCUACGACCAGCUGCUGCCGGCCCCCCAGGCCCACGCCCAGACCCAGACCAGCCCGGGGGCCGCCGUGUACUCCGUCAGCCAGCUGCUGUGGCCCCGGGGGGGGCUCGGGCCGCUGGCCUACGGGGCCGGCGGGGCCCUCCUGGUGGGCGGGGCCGGCGUCGGCGUGGGGGGGCUGCCCGGGGUAGGGGGCGUGGUCAGGGGGAUGGGAGGGUUGAUGGGAGGGGUGGGGGUCUCGGGAUGCAGUGGGGGGGGGGGCAUGGUGGUGGUGGAGGGCUGUGGGAUGACGGGCUGCGAGGACUGUGAGAGGGAGAUGGACCCCCUGGACCCCAUGAACCCCAUGGACCCCAUGGACCCCAUGAACCCCCUGGACCCCGUGGACCCCAUGGACCCCAUGGACCCCAUGUACCCCCUGGACCCCAUCUACCCCCUGGACUACGACCAGCAGGACGACAGGGACAGCUCGCCCUGCUGAGACCGUGUGUCCGUGUGUCCGUGUGUCCGUGUGCGUGGCUGAGGUUGUGUGUGUCCUUGUGUAAGUGUCUGUGUAUGAAUGUGUCUGUGUGUAUGUCUCUUUUUCUGUGUGUUUGUGUGUGUGUGAGGGGGUCCCCUCUACCAGCUCUGACCCCCCCUGGAGGGGGUCCCCUCUACCAGCUCUGACCCCCCCUGGAGGGGGUCCCCUCUACCUGCUCUGACCCCCCCUGGAGGGGGUCCCCUCUACCUGCUCUGACCCCCCCCUGGAGGGGGUCCCCUCUACCAGCUCUGACCCCCCCUGGAGGGGGUCCCCUCUACCAGCUCUGACCCCCCCCUGGAGGGGGUCCCCUCUACCAGCUCUGACCCCCCCUGGAGGGGGUCCCCUCUACCUGCUCUGACCCCCCCCCUGGCGUUGGGAUUCCAUUGAGGGGAGAAAUUAGACGUUGCCAGACAAUCAGCAGUUGCAGUCCCAUGUACAGGCCCAUGUUUCUCACUAAAUUGUGAGUAUUUGCACCCUUUUUAUGUUCAUACUACACUGCUAAAUAGAGCGUACACACAUUAUUUUCGUUCAUUUAAUUCUUUAUUGUCUUAUUUAGUGCCGGUGAAUGGGGUACUCAUCUGAAAGAAUAUCUGAGAGGGGGUUAGGGUUACACAAGAGGGGGUACACUAGUAGAAUCAUGGUGAGAACCACUGCUUUAUGUGACUGAAGGUUACGUCACUACUCUGACUUGGACCAAAACCUCUUGGCCAAACCUUACCAACGGACUGGAGCUUGAACUGAAGAUGCUCUUAUUGUACUUCUAUGUAUUGUCUGCUCUUCUCAAAGGCUUUUGAGAGGUAGCAGUACAACCCUGUGAUGUCAGUUCUUUCACAUUAAAAUAUAAUAAUAUAACAAUGAAA